AUGCUCUGCGCCUCAACAGACACGUCCCCCUCCGACCCCCCCGACCUAGCCGAAGUAAAAUCCCAAAUCAAGCUCAUCCUCCGCCGCCUAACCCGCACUUCCAACCCCCAAGCCAGCAUCUCGUCAGGCGCCUACACAAUCCACUACCUCCUCCAGUCCGACAUCGUCUACCUCACCAUCACCGACGCCUCCUACCCCCGCAAGCUCGCCUUCACCUACCUCUCCGACCUCGCCACCGAGUUCUCCACCACCUACCCCCAGCAGCAGCUCAUGUCCACCAUCCUCCGCCCCUACGCCUUUAUGGAGUUUGACACCUUCAUCAGCCGGACAAAAGCUACCUAUUCUGACGCGAGGGCGACGCAGAACCUGGACAAGCUCAAUGAUGAGCUGAGGGACGUGACAAAGGUCAUGACCAAGAAUAUUGAGGAUUUGCUGUAUCGGGGGGACAGCCUGGAGAGGAUGGGCGAGUUGAGCAGUAGGUUGAGGGAUGAUAGCGCAAAGUAUCGCAAGGCGGCCGUGAGGAUCAAUUGGGAUUUGAUGCUGAAGCAGUAUGGGCCUUUUGCCGGGUUGGGGUUGUUUAUAUUGAUUUUUGUCUGGUGGAGGUUUUUCUAG